CCACGUAGUAAAACACUGGACAACAAGUGUCAUCAUUACCCUACACACGGGGACAAUGAGUUAUUGAAAUUUGAAGAAUUAUAAGGAGCAGAAACGGUAGGAGGAAAGCCUUUGCGGUCGAGCUUGAACCCUUGAAGAAAAUGGAGGGAAGGGUUGGAGUUAGUGGUAGAUGGAGAGCAGUGGGUAGUAGCGCUAGGAUGGUCUGGAACCAGAAGCAGGACCAGUGGCUGCGGUUACAUACCCUCAAAGCAUCAAACCGGGCAGCUGUGCAUGGGGCAAAGCGGCCCACCAAUGAACGUAUCGAUGAGGAGGACGUGGAACAGGAGAUCAAGAAUGGGAAAGAAGAGAAAGAAAGCAAGAGGAUAGAAGUGGGGAAAAAAUCAACUCCCAAGUUAAGAGCUACCAAGACUGUGAUAAGUAGAGCUGCGUUUUUACUUAAAACACUACCAUAGUUGAAAUAUGGAAAAGCUUUUACCUGGUGAA